AAUUUGUUGUAAAUUUCAGAAUUGAUUGGGACUCAAAUUCAAAGUGACCGUUGUUCUCGAAACCUCUCGUAAGUGCCAAUGGAAGCUUCACUAAUGGCGGAUUUGCAGAGAUUUCUACAAGAUCGCUGCUUAAGCGUUUUGAAUCUCCCACAGAAAGGCCGCUCUCUAUUCACUACCAGAGAUAUUCGUCCAGGAGAAGUGAUUCUAAGCCAAAAUCCAUAUAUUUGUGUUCCGAAUAAUACAUCAUCGGAAUCAAGGUGUGACGGAUGUUUCAAAACCAAUAACCUUAAGAAAUGUUCUGGUUGUCAAGUGGUUUGGUACUGUGGGAGUUCUUGCCAGAAGUCGGAGUGGAAGUUACAUCGCCAUGAAUGCAAAGCUCUCACUAGGCUUGAGAAGGAGAAACGGAAGUUUGUUACUCCUACAAUACGUCUGAUGAUUAAACUUUUCAUCAAGAGGAAUUUGCAAAAUGAAAAGGUCCUGCCAAUUACGACAACAGACAAUUAUAGUUUGGUGGAGGCUUUGGUGUCCCACAUGUCUGAGAUUGAUGAACAGCAGAUGUUGUUGUAUGCACAGAUGGCUAAUCUUGUGAACUUGAUUCUUCAAUUUCCUAGUGUUGACCUAAGAGAGAUCGCCGAGAACUUUUCAAAGUUCUCAUGCAAUGCUCAUAGCAUUUGUGAUAGCGAAUUGAGACCUCAAGGGAUAGGAUUGUUUCCAUUGGUUUCCAUCAUUAAUCACAGCUGCUCUCCCAAUGCGGUUUUAGUGUUUGAGGAGCAGAUGGCUGUUGUUCGGGCGAUGGGUAACAUAUCAAAGGAUUCAGAGAUAACUAUCAGCUAUAUUGAAACCGCUGGAAGCACUCUGACUCGGCAGAAGUCUCUGAAAGAACAAUACCUCUUCCAUUGUCAGUGUGCCCGUUGCAAUAACGUUGGAAAACCUCAUGAUAUUGAAGAAAGUGCAAUAUUGGAAGGCUAUCGGUGUUCCAAUGAGAAAUGCACUGGUUUCUUACUCCGUGAUCCUGAAGAAAAAGGCUUUGUUUGCCAGAAAUGCCUGCUUCUUAGGAGCAAGGAAGAGGUUAAAAAGUUAGCAAGUGAUCUCAAGACCGUUUCAGAGAAGGCUCCUGCGUCUCCUUCCACAGAAAAUAAACAAGCCGCUAUUGAACUAUAUAAGACAAUGGAGAAACUACAAGUUAAGCUUUACCAUUCUUUCUCCAUCACUUUAAUGAGAACCCGUGAAAAACUUCUCAAGAUGCUAAUGGACUUAGAAAUCUGGAGAGAAGCUUUGAAUUACUGCAGACUCAUAGUCCCUGUUUACCAAAGAGUAUAUCCAGCAACCCAUCCUUUGAUUGGACUGCAGUUCUAUACCCAGGGAAAACUCGAAUGUCAGGGAACACGUAGAGAUUGGCUAGUAGUGGUAGGCGGAACUUGGCUCAAAGCCUUCAAAUUGGAUAUCCCUAAGUUACUGGGGGAAACCAAAGAGGCGGUGAGUUCACUGAUUAAGGCAUUUGACAUUCUGCGAAUCAGCCACGGGACAAGCACACCUUUCAUGAAAGAGCUCUCAGCAAAGUUGGAGGAAGCUCGUGCAGAAGCUUCUUAUAAGCUUGCUUGCAUUGAAAAACGCUUAUAAUGAUGACAACCAGCAACUUUGAUCUUACUCUUGUACUCAUGAAUCGCUUUCUCUACUCUCUUGACUACAUUGAAUUGUCUUUAGAAACUCUAGAGCUGCUUGAUAAAAAUGAUAUUUUCUA